AUGUGCGCCGUGGCCGACACCUGGACGAAAGCAGUAACCCAUCCGCUUCUCACCCACAUCAGCGACGAGUUGGAGGGCUCUCGCAAGCGGGUCCACGGGUUCAAGUCCGAACUGAACAAGGAGGCGCUCCAACGCUUGGGCCCGCCGACCCCAGCACUGGUCUUGGCGAUGCUGGAGGGCUUGGUCACCUGCGAGGUAGGAGGGCGCGUGGAGCAGCAUAUCACCGACUACUUCGAGGAAUGCCAACCAGCAGACGAGGCCAAGGACCCGACUAUCGACGUGGAAGCACUCAUGGACCAGGUGCCCUUCAUCCGAAUAGAGAAGACCCACGACCCGAACGUCGCCUCGCUGGCCAUGGGAGCGCACGACUCGCCAGCCCGCAAGUUCGUCAUCGACGGGCUCCGCGCCGAGGGGGAGGCUCGCCACCACGUGGGCCCCGCCCCAGUGGGCUGGAUGGAAGAAGAGAUCUCAGUCUGGCUGGAACACGUCAAGCAGAUCGGCGCAUAG